AUUUGACAGUUCUGUUUGACAUUUAUAUAGCGAUAAAAAACAUAGGUGGUUUUAACCGGUGAUUUCAUUAAUUUUAUAUUUGAGUUAAUUUUUUAAGGUAAUUUUAAUAAGCCAAGCACAUAAAUUCAUGGAUAUAGAAUAGCAGCAAACAGCGGCAAUGUAUUUGUUGGGUGUUUUCUUGUCUGUUUUUGUUUAUACAUCGCAAGUAAACAGUGCUGGAAUACCGAAUGAUAAGAAAUCCAUAGUGGAUGAGCCACAAUGCGGCGACGUGCGAACGAUUUGCAAUAACUUGAGCGAAAACGACGAUUUAUUAAUAUUAGAAUGUCUGCAAUCUGUGAAUCCAAACAGGUUGUCCAAUUUAAAUGAGGUUUGUCAGAAAACCAUUUGGUCGCACAUGAGAGAUUUAACAAGCCCUGAAAGAGUAAAAGACGUGCUAUUGCCGAUCUGUAGAAAUUAUCUGGACAAAGUGGAUUGCAAAAUUGAUAAUGGUUCUUACUUAAAAUGUUUAAUUAACAACAAGAAUGCCAUACAAGACAGUGAUUGUGUAAAUACCAUGAUACGUUUGGAGAAUGUUGCUUUUCAAGAUUACAGAUGGAUAAGCUCGUUUUUAGAGCACUGCAAUGAGGACAUUAAUAAACUAUCCUGUGGGAAAUUCGAUGAACACAGCUGGGGACAAAUAAAAACCCUAUCGUGCCUACAAAGCAACAUUGAUGCUGUUAAAGUUGACUGCAAGAAAGAAGUGUUCAAAUUAUCCGAGUUACAAUCAGACAGCAUUAAGUUUGAUAGCCAGCUGUACAUAAAUUGUGCUGAGGAUCAUGGAAGGUAUUGUUCUCAAUAUUAUGGUGCCAGUGGUAGGGUUUUCCAGUGUUUGAUGCAACAAGAUCCCAAUAAGUUGAUGCAGAAGUGCAGGCAGCAACUGUUGAGAAGGCAAAAACUUAUAUCACAGGAUUACAAAGUGAGCAAGGGGUUGAUGAAAGCGUGCAAAGAAGACAUCAAGAGAACGCAUUGCAGGAAGCAGACGUCGACGGACAAAACGGUGCGGCUCGCGCAAAUCUUGCUGUGCCUGGAGAAUGUGGUGAGAAACGGUAGCAAGAUUCUGCCCGAUUGCGAAGCCGAACUGGUGGAUCACAGAAGAAUGCUGAUGGAGGAUUACCGAUUGUCGCCGGAAAUAGUCGACGGGUGCAAGGCGGAGAUUGCGCAGUCGUGCAAGGGGUUCGAGGUUGGCGGGGGCGGCAAGACCAUCCAUUGUCUUAUGCAGCUGGCCAUGAACCACAACCAAGUGGCAAUCAGCGACAAUAACAUCCAUCAGAUCGAGGAUAAAUGCUUAAGAGCGCUUGAAUCUUUGGUGAAAGAAACGAACGUCGGCGAAGAUUGGCACGUUGACCCCGUGUUGCACGACGCGUGCCAACCGGUGGUGAAAACCCUGUGCAAAGGCAUCAAGGGAGGCGACGCGCGCGUCAUGUCCUGCCUGAUGGACAACGUGGGCGCCGACCAGAUGACGGACGACUGCGAGGACGCGCUCAUGCAGAUCCAGUACUUCGUCGCCAGGGACUUCAAGCUCGACCCGCAGCUCUACAGGGCGUGCAAGAACGACGCGCAGACUCACUGCCAUCUGUGGAAAGACGGCGGCGCGGACGAAGAGCAAGGGCCCAGCUACAACUCGCAGGUCUUCGCUUGCCUCUACAGGCACGCCAUCCCCGCCGAAGACGGCAAGCAGCUGAUACAAAAGUCGUGCUUGCAACAGAUCAGGCGUGCGAUGCGCCAACGCGCCGUAAGCGUGAACUUGCAGCCGGAAAUCGAGCAGGUUUGCCUGAACGAUUUGGGUCGCUUGUGCCACGAUAAAACGGAAAAGGGGGCGGAAAUGCUGUGCCUGCAAAACAAUCUCGAAGAUUUGGACACCGAUUGCCAGAACGCCGUCGAACCGUUCACGGAAUUAGAGGCGGAACACGCCGAGUUGAAUCCUUACAUUUCAAAGCACUGUCGCAAGGAGAUGGAGACCAUUUGCAAGGACGAGUACAGAAACGACGAGGGCGAUCUGAUGGAGUGCCUGAUCGCGCACAAAAACGACCCUUCGAUAAAAUCGAACCAGCCGUGCCGCGCCAGCAUCGAGCACUUCCAAAUCGUCUCGAUCAAGGACCUGAAGUUCACGUACAAGUUCAAGAUGGCGUGCAGGCACGUCGCGCAGCGCCUCUGCGAGACGGCGCGCACCAAGACCGACGUGGUGCAGUGCUUGAGCGAGCAGAUCCUCAAUUACACGGUGCACGGCGUCAAGAGCCCCGUGCCGCGCGAAUGCAAGCAACAGCUGAAGGCGCAGUUGCUGCAGCAACGCGAAAACAUCGACUUGGACCCCAAACUCAAGGCCGCCUGCGACCAGGACAUCAGGAAGUUUUGCGCGAAGGUUUCGCCCGGAAACUCCGACGUUUUGGAGUGCCUGCAAACUCAGCGCGACAGGUUGAUGAAAAGGUGCUCCGAGGAAAUUUUCAAGGUUAAGAAGAUCGAGAUGUUCGAUAAUUCCGUCGAUUACGCUCUCAAUAAUUACUGCGUCGAUAGUAUAGACCGGUUUUGUCCUCAACACAGUAAAGAGACCAUUCUGGAUUGUCUAAAGCAAUACAAGGACGAGAAAGGCUUCAACAAAAAAUGCCGUUCGGUGGUGGUGAACAGGAUGAUCGAGCAGGACACGAACUACCAGCUGAACCCGUCGUUGCAGCAAAAAUGCAACCCCGACAUAAAAAAGUUCUGCCUCAAGGAGGCGACCGCCUCGUCCGGCAAAGACUCGAACUCGCAGAACUCGCCGGUGAUAAGGUGCCUCAAGGAGCGCUUCAAGAGGUCCGAGCUGACGAGCAAGUGCGAGAAGGAGGUGGCGAGCAUACUGCGCGAGCAGGCGCUGAACGUGAACUUGAACCCGUUGAUCAGGGCCGUGUGCAAGAACGAGCUGAACACCGUCUGCUCGUACGGCGAGGAGGAGGGCGAGGGCGGCGUCGAGGAGUGCCUCAAGGACGCGCUGCUGCACAAGAAGAUCCAGACGCCCGAGUGUUCCGUCGAAGUGGCCAACAUGAUCGUGGAGUCGCAGGCGGACAUCCAGGUGGAUCCCCUGCUGCAGAGGGCGUGCGCCUUGGAUUUGCUCAACUUUUGCGGCCUGGUGCCGCAGGGAAACGGCAGACAUAUCCAGUGCCUUCAAAGCAAACUUCAAAGAACACCUCACGAAAUGUCCCCCAUUUGCAAGGAAAUGCUUACCAAAAGACUUCAAAUGUAUAAAAACGCACAGAAUGCUUUGCCAGAAAAUUUGCAACAGCUUUACAGCCAAGUUGUGGCUUCGCCAUCAAAACAUUAUUUCUUCUUGGUAAUAAUGAUGUUAUUCAGUUCGAUUUUCGUGAUAGGAAUGUUCUGCGGUCGCGUUACCAGGAAACACCGCUUGAUAAAGAAUAAAUAAAACAAAUGACAGCAGCUGGGUUGCGGACAGACCCAAAACCUACACUUUGUGAUAAAUAAAUGUAAAUUUUUAAUUUUGAUUUUUAAUAGCACAAAAUACUCGUGAGAUGAACGCAUCUCUCUUGUAAAUAGGUUUAUGUAUAUUUUUUAAUUAGGCCAAGUUUUUUAUUUUAUUAAUUCAAAAUGACUGCAUUAAAAUUUUGUAUUGUAUAGAUUUUAACAUAGUUUAAGACGUGUAAAAAGCAAAAGUCAAUAUAACUAAAAAUAAUUUUUACUUAUAAA